AUGUUUGAUUUCGUAACACGUCGUCGUCUUAUUUUUGGUCUUGUUGCUCUUUUUUUUGUAACAAUAAGUGUUUUAUUUAUUGCACAUUUACAAUCAACAGUUCUUGGUCGUGUUGUAACAUCCUAUUAUUCAAUUUCUUCAUCAAAUAUUUCAACAGAUAAAGAACAACAAAUAAGUACAUGUUAUCUAACUGAACCAAUAGAUAUAAUAACAUAUUGUCAAAAAUGUACAUCAUUUGAACGUCGUUCAAAAGCAAUUGGUUGUUUACCAACAGGUUAUAGAGAAUUUAUAGUUUGUUCGAAAUCAAAUAUAAAAACAUUACGUUCAUGUCCAAUACCAAUUCAUAUUCAAAAACAAAAUUUUUGGUUAUUUGAAGGAAUUAUACUUUCUAUUGGUUUACUUUCUAUAGCAAGUGUUCAAUCACGACAAAAAACAUUAGAUAAACAAAUGGUAGAAAAAAUUAAAAAACAAAUUGGAGAAAAUGAUGAGUAA